AUGAAGUUCUUCGAAAAUACCUCGACCUAUGACUACUCCUUCCCCGCCGUCUCGCUUGCUUAUUUUCUACGUUAUCCCAACCCUUAUUCUAAGCAUGUCCUAACGUCCGAUGUCAUCGACCGCUAUGUGGACCCGGAGACUCGACGUCUUCACACGACACGCUUGCAUUUGAAAAAGUCUAAAAUCCCAUCUGCACUGUUGAAACUAUUGCCAAAGGGCAUUGGGGGCAGUGAAAGCUCUGGACAGUCGUAUAUUCUCGAGCGGACGGUAGUGGAUGUGAAGGAGGGAUGGAUGACGACCGAAUCGCGGAAUAUGGAAUGGACGGGAAUUCUCAGUGUUGUGGAGCGGCAGCGAUAUGAGCGCGAAAAUGGCCUCUCCACCAAUUCACUAGAAAUGCCAGCCGAAGGCGAGAAAGUAAAUGUUCGCACCACCGUCACAUUUCAAUCUCGAUUGGGCCAAUCAAAGUUUCUCAGCCGUGCUCGUAAGGCUGCUGGUGAAAGUUCGCCUAGCCCCGAAAUCAACGAGGAUGCUCCCAAAAGAGGCUUCUUCUCAUCCUUGUCUACAGCGGGCAUUCAACGGACAAUCGAACUCAUUGGUGUCACGCGAACCAGAGAUGCUGUGCUCCGGAGCAAGCAAGGAAUGAACGUUGUUCUGGAAAGACUCCGGAAUGGCGGCAUCGUCGCUGUUCUUGAGGGCAUGCGCCAGGAUCGUGAAGGUCUUCCUGCCGGUCUUAUCGGUGGCGGUCCCAUACAAUCUGACAGCCCCAGUACGUGGCGCAAUGCUUGGCUACAAGGCACUAACAACAGCACCAUCAAUCGAACAUCCGUUGUCGACGAUGACGACUAA